AGAAAACCCAUAAAAACAAUGUCUACAAGUUCUAUAACUCUCUUGACCCUCUUGGUGUUACUAAUUUCUUUGUCUCUUGGUGUCGUGACUUCAACAAAGUCGCAGCGGAAUGAAGCGGAGGUGCAGAAGAUGUACGAGCAAUGGAUUGUGGAGAAUGGGAAGAACUAUAAUGGUCUUGGAGAGAAGGAGAGGCGGUUUAAGGUCUUUAAAGAUAACUUGAAGCGCAUUGAAGAACACAAUUCGGAUCCGAACCGGAGUUACGAACGCGGGUUGAACCAGUUCUCGGACCUGACUGCUGAUGAGUUUCGAGCUAAUUACUUAGGAGGGAAGAUGGAAGGAACAAGCGUAUCAGAUGUAGCGGAAAGGUAUCGGUACAUGGAAGGAGAUAUUUUGCCUGAUGAAGUCGAUUGGAGAGAGGGAGGAGCAGUUGUUCCACGAGUUAAAAAACAAGGAGACUGUGGAAGUUGUUGGGCGUUUGCGGCUACGGCAGCUGUGGAAGGUAUAAACCAGAUCACAACCGGAGAAUUGAUAUCUUUAUCGGAACAAGAACUCAUUGACUGCGAUAGAGGGAACGGCAACUUUGGAUGUGUUGGAGGUGGAGCAGUAUGGGCUUUUGAGUUCAUUGUAAGAAACGGUGGUAUAGUAACAGAUGAAGUUUAUCCUUAUGUUGGCAAUACUAGUGCCGCAUGCAAGGCCAUUGAGAUGCCUACCACUCGUUUUGUUACUAUUGAUGGUCAUGAGGUUGUUCCUGAAAAAGAUGAGAUGUCUUUGAUGAAAGCUGUUGCUCAUCAACCUGUUAGUGUUAUGAUAUCAGCAGCAAACAUGAGCGACUACACAUCUGGUGUGUAUAAAGGACCAUGUAGUAAUUUGUGGGGAGACCACAAUGUGCUAAUCGUUGGGUAUGGAACAUCAUCAGAAGAAGGAGACUAUUGGCUUAUUCGUAAUUCAUGGGGACCAGAAUGGGGAGAAGGUGGAUACCUUAGGCUCCAACGUAACUUUCAUGAAUCAACCGGGAAAUGUGCAGUCGCAGUAGCGCCUGUAUACCCAAUCAAGUCGAGCUCGUCAUCUAAUUUGUUGUCUCCAAGUGUGUUUAAAUUGCUUCUUUUAUUUGUUUUUAAGUUAGUUAGUUUAACCUUGCUUUGAGAUAGACUUUCAUCGAUGUUCGAGCUCCAUUAAUCUUCUCCGUUUCGGCUGUAUAAGCAGAAUCGUUUGUUGUUUGUUGUUCGUUGGUUUUAGUAUUAGUAAAG